AUGCAAUGGUUCCAGUGGUGGAAUGAGGAGAAUAUCGACUUUCUCCUCACCCCACCCAACGCGACCCCGUCGCUCCCUCAUGAUGCUAUGAAGGAAGCCGUGAGUAGCUGCGGCUAUACGUUCUUAUUCAAUGUGCUUGAUUACACCGCCGGUGUCCUGCCAGUAUUGACUGUCGACCGGGAAUUAGACAAGCUAUCAAACUCAACUGAUAUCAGCAAGCUAAAUGGGGUCGCUAGGGGAGCAUAUGAACACUAUAACUCCGAUUUGAUGCACGGACUUCCAGUGGGCAUUCAGGUCGUGGGAAGGCGUCUUGAGGAAGAAAAGGUUCUUGCUAUCAUGGGUAUGGUUGAAGGUGCCCUUCAUAGCUACGGAGCACCACAGCAGGGCAGGCAAUCGAUCAAAUGGAUCUUUCGCCACCCCGUUCUCAGGGCAACACUCAAGCCCUUUGCCCCUCCAGCACUCAACUUCAUUGCUCUGAAAGCUUACUAUGAUCCGAUUGACGACUUAAACUCUCUCUUCACUCACCCGCCUGCGGUCACAUCCAUUCCCCAGGUUCUCCAUAAUGUCCUAAUUCGCGACGAUGAGCUCUCCGAGGAGAUAUGUGCUAUGGAGUUUGCUCAAGCUUACGGAUCAGAAUCAAGCCUUGAACGAAUGCACUCGGCACAAGGCGACCUUGAAGAGCUCUUUGGGAAGAUCGAAGAUGUGCGUGUUCGCGCUACCGAAACCGAGAAAGGAAUUACGAUUAUGACCGCAGAUAUUAAACGCCUUGACGGGACAAAACGGAAUUUAACAAAGAGUAUGACGGCACUGAAGCGCCUCCAAAUGCUCACAACGGCGUAUGAGCAACUUAGAGCUCUCGCAAAAUUUCGACAGUAUAAAGAGUGCGCUGGCCUGCUUCAGGCGGUCAUGCAGUUGAUGAAACAUUUUAAUAGCUAUCGCGGCAUCGAGCAGAUUGCAGCCCUAAGUAGAGGAGUAUCUGAUCUCCAGCGGCAAUUGCUAGAGCAAGUAUGCGAAGAUUUUGAGCUCGCUUUUGCGAAAGGAGAAGUUGCCUCUAGAAAGGGCACCCUCACGGAGGCAUGUGUGGUCAUGGACGCUCUGGGAGAAGCCGCACGAUCCCGACUCCUGGCGUGGUACGUUAAUACUGAGCUUCGUGAGUAUCGCCAAGUAUUUAGGGGUAAUGACGAGGCUGGUAGCCUUGAUAAUAUUGGGCGCCGAUAUUCUUGGUUCAAGCGUAUGAUGAAGGCCUAUGACGAGGAGCAUGCUGCCCUAUUCCCCCACAUUGGCAUGCGAUGCGCAAAGCUUUCUACGGGCGAUAAACUGCUGGAUUUGUCCCAGGUCUUGGCAAAACACCUGGACGAAUAUGCGGAGCAAAUUCUUCUACAUUUUCUCCAAUCCACGGGCCAACACGAUCGGCCAGUUCAGGAUAUUAUCCUGGUCCUAAACACAGCCGAUUUCUGGCAUAUCAAUACCAACCAACUCGAAGAGAACAUCAAAAAGAGGAUCGACUCGGACCUACUGACUAAAGUGGAUCUCUCAUCUCAGUCCGAUGCCUUCUUAGGCGUCGCAAGCGCUGCUGUCUUAGCAUUGUCCCAAUAUGCUCGCGCGUUCUGCGAUAAUCUUAUCGAGCACAUUGCGACCAGUUAUAUCAGCAACAUGGUUCAAUCAAAACCUAUCUCGGAAGUAGGGGCUGAGCAGAUGCUCCUAGACAAAUAUGUCCUCACUAAAGCCUUCCAGACCUUACUAUCAAACCACCCCUUGUCCUCAGAAUCUCUUCCUGGGCAUAGUAGCUUCGCAAAGCGGGUGAGCCAAAUCAUGGGUCGUAUGGACCCUCUUCUGAAGACCCUUCAGGUGCGGCCUACCCCACCAGAAGGUCUAGUCCAGGCGUAUCUCAUUCACAUCGCGGACCGAUCGGAAGCAAAUUUCAGGAAAAUAUUGGACAUCAAAGGUAGUCGUCAGUAUGUCUACCUAGACACCAAUGACGCCGUCAAGGAGUUAUCGGGUCGGGGUUUCAUGGCCAAUGGCGUGGCCGCUGGUGGCCAAUUGACCACAACGACCGACGUUGAAAAUUUUCCUGGGUUUCCUAGCGGCAUCCUUGGACAAGAACUUAUGGACAAGAUGAAAGAACAAUCCGAACGCUGUGGUACGGAAGUAAUCACGGACACUGUUUCUUUGCUCGACCUGUCAACACAGCCCUUCAAAUAUACUACUGAGUUUGGUUCCGAGACUCACACAGCCGAUGCUGUCGUGAUUGCAACUGGUGCCUCUGCACGUCGCCUUCAUCUCCCAGGCGAGGACAAGUAUUGGCAGCGUGGUAUCUCCGCUUGUGCUGUAUGCGAUGGCGCUGUUCCUAUCUUUCGGAACAAGCCUUUGAUUGUCGUUGGUGGUGGCGACUCCGCAGCGGAGGAAGCGCUCUUCUUGACGAAAUAUGGCAGCCAUGUGACAGUGCUAGUCCGCCGGGAUAAGCUGCGAGCUAGCAAGACAAUGGCCAACCGGCUGCUCUCUAAUCCCAAGGUUACAGUCCGGUUUUCUACUCAACCAGUCGAGGUCAGGGGUGGUGAUGACGGACUUAUGAAUGCCCUUGUCACUAAAAACUCCGAGACUAGUGUGGAAGAAGUCCUUGAGGCAAACGGUCUCUUUUACGCAAUAGGGCAUGAUCCUGCCACGUCUCUCGUCAAGGGGCAGCUUGAGACUGACGUCGAUGGCUACAUAGUAACAAAACCUGGCACAACCUUGACAGCAGUGGAGGGUGUUUCGCCGCUGGCGAUGUUCAGGACAAGAAAUAUCGACAAGCAAUCACGAGUGCGGGUAGGUUAA